AUGAAUUUCCUUGGUCCCUCGUAUCCAAUAUUUCGAAUACCCAGAGGCUUUCGUAUCCCCGGUCUCGAAGAACUCUGUGCAGUGCUUGACCCACUAUCAAACAUGCUCGAAUCUUCAGGCUUCCUCCUAUGCUAUUUGAUAACCUCUCACAGUUUAUCAUUUCCGGGUCGAGCUAAAUUCUUACCCUUCACAUAUAGGCCGGCGUUGUGCCGACGUGCCACCAUCCUUACGAAACCUAUGGCGCUUCCAUGUUAUCAUGAUUCCAUCAACAAACAUCUACCGCCCGUCUCCAAAUAUCGCGCCUCCUCCGAUUUCUCCGAAAAUAGCUCCCAACCGCCCUCUCCGGCUUUGUUACCGCUGCCUCAAAUUACACCAUUCUCGCAAGCUAGCUAUUUCUCCAUGUGGAAGAAGUCCCUCAAGUACAGCCUAUUCCAACAAUUUCUUCGUACUCUGCUUCCGCUCUGUGAGAUAUCCAAGUAUGGCUUAGAUGCGCACAAGGCCUUCACCUUCCAGCGGUACACUUGCGCCUCUCCGCCCGCUCUCCACCUUCUCUACACUUCGACCUCGCAGGGUGUUACACUAAAAUCCCAUACUCUCAAAUCGAUGUUCUCAUUCGAUGAAACUAUACCCAACACACCCACUCCGAGGCCCGAUAUCUUUAAACCCAAAUGUCCAUAUCGACUAGCUUCGCUGAGAGAAUGGAACGAGAAUGAGGGACUCAAGAUAGAAAACUUAGAGUGGUUAGAAGCGGAACAUGUGGAACAAUUUUAUUACCGAAGGGUACGUCUACAUGAAGAGUGCGAACCAAAAUGGAAUCUGGUUAGACCCGAACUUCACAUUCACCGCUUGCAAAAUGGGAAUCGAAUUGAAGAUCCCACUAGAAGCUCUUUUCUCGAUAGAUCGGCACCUAAGGCUCUAGAAGUGCUCGGGUGGGAGAAAAAGGCUGGGCGUUUUCUAGAAGACGACAGUCAACGUGGUUUAUUUUUCCAGAUUCAACGCAUCCACCUGCUACCUGUGGCCACUUGCACUACCCUGGUAAAGACCUGCAUCCUUCCCCGGUCUCGAAAGAUGGCUCUAAAAGACUGCAGGAACAAUUCUUGCCUCGUGACAUUACUUUGGGAAACAGCGCGGCGACCCGAGAAAGCACUGGAAAGCUUCCAAGAGCUUCCGCUUUGUUGUGAUCAGAUGAAGGAACUCCGCCUGGACGUCCUUCAUUGA